GCACGCGUCACAUGACGCACAGCGUCAUCACUUGUCAACUCUCUUCCGCAUUUGUCUGUCCUCACUCGCUAACUUUAGCCAUGUUUCCGCCCGGUUUCAUUUGUCUGACAUGUCAUCUAGCAGCCGGUCGUCUCGCGUGACAGUGGGACGGACUAUUGUGGUGCAUGUCGCUUCUUUACGCUACCGAACAGUUUCACGUUCCGUUCAGAAACACAAGCUAACGUUAGCUUCUCGUAGCUAGCCAACUGCCCUGCAGAGAAUACCGUCGCUGUGAAGAAACCCGACCGGGCAGCAAGCUUCUAUGAGCCAACGCUGUCUGUCCGGAUCAGAGGAUGUAUCCGCCUUCCAGAAAAGACUUCAUCUCCCUGACGCUCAGUGAUCCCCACGGUCCCUCUUACAACAACGGCAAGCACCGCCGACAGUCCUGCUGGAGGAAAUGGAAGCAGCUGUCUCGUCUCCAGCGGAGCCUGGUCCUGUUCCUGCUGGCUCUGCUGCUCAUAUUUGGACUUCUCACUUAUCCCAGCGUCACACAGCAGUGGAGAGGAUGGUCUGACAGGGAGGACUUGCUGGAGCUGAAUGACAGAGACGUGACGGAUCUUCCGCGAGGUGUCAAGUCUAUAUUGGAUGAUGCUGCAGGUAAAGCCCCGCCUCCUGCAGCAGGGCCACAUGUCCGGCCAGCUGUGGAACCAGAUGCGGCUGCAGGUGCUGUGGUGGAGCCCAAAGGACCAAACGUCCCCAUUUUGCCUAAACCUCCCAUAAAGAAGAAGAAUUCCCCAAACAAGAGAGGUCCCCCGAGCCUUCAGAAAGACGGAAAUACUUCAGACACAGUCCGUGCAGAGAAGCAAGUGCAAGAGGUGGUUCAAGAAGAAGUAGCAGGAGAGGAGGAGGACAAAGACAAGAAGAUUGUCAGCUGGAGAGGAGCAAUGAUCGAAGCGGACCAGGCCACAGAGCCUCCCCCCUCGGCCAUUGUGGGAGACGCUGCGCCUCCCCCAGGCCCGGCCAACCCCGCUGACACCGUCCCACCGGAAGUUCCUACUGGGACUGUGGACAGACUGGAGGCUGUCUGUGAUGCCUUCAGGCACGCGUGGAAAGGCUACAAAGACUAUGCCUGGGGUCACGAUGAGCUCAGGCCUAUCUCCAGGUCCUUUGGUGAAUGGUUCGGUCUGGGUCUGACGCUCAUUGAUUCCUUGGACACAAUGUGGAUUUUGGGCCUAAAAGAAGAGUUUGCAGAAGCAAGGGACUGGGUAGAGAAAGAGCUGUCUUUUGACAAGAACGUGGACGUGAAUCUUUUUGAGACAACCAUCCGUGUUCUCGGGGGCCUGCUGAGCACCUUCCACCUGACAGGAGACCGACUCUUUCUGGAGAAAGCUAAAGAUCUCGGGUCCAGAUUGAUGCCUGCCUUCAAAACUCCCUCAAAGAUCCCGUUCUCUGACGUGAACAUCGGGAAGGGGACAGCCCACCCCCCCCGAUGGACGUCCGACAGCACGCUGGCCGAGGUCACAAGCAUUCAGCUGGAAUUCAGAGAGCUGAGCCGCCUCACUCAGGACCCGCAGUACCAGGAGGUUGUGAACGAGGUCAUGAAGCUGGUCCACAAGCUGCCGGGCAAACAAGACGGCCUGGUGCCCAUGUUCAUCAACACCAACACUGGCCAGUUCACCCACAAAGGAGUCUUCACACUGGGCGCCAGGGCAGACAGCUACUAUGAAUACCUGCUCAAGCAGUGGAUCCAGGGAGGCAAGACGGAAGACGACCUGUUGGAGGACUACCUUCAGGCUGUGGAUGGAGUGAGAAAACAUCUUGUGAGACAGACGGGGCCCAGCAAAUUGACUUUUGUGGGAGAGUUGUCCCAUAGCCGCUUCAACCCUAAAAUGGACCACCUUGUCUGCUUCCUCCCGGGGACAUUGGCCCUCGGGGCCCACAACGGCCUCCCGGGGGACCACAUGGAUCUGGCUGUGCAGUUGAUGGAGACGUGUCACCAGAUGUACAAACAGAUGGAGACUGGGCUGAGCCCGGAGAUCGUACACUUCAACCUGCAGGCCAACGAUGGGAACGAUGUGGUUGUCAAGCCUGCAGACAGACACAACCUGCUGCGGCCAGAGACGGUAGAAAGUCUGUUCUACAUGUACCGAUUCACCAAGGACACCAAGUACAGAGACUGGGGCUGGGAAAUACUGCAGAGCUUCAAUAACUACACUAAAGUCCCCGGAGGCGGCUACACGUCCAUCAACAACGUCCGUGACCCCCUGAACCCGGGGCCCCGGGACAAGAUGGAGAGCUUCUUCCUGGGCGAGACGCUGAAGUACUUCUACCUGCUCUUCUCCGACGACCCGGAGCUGCUCAGUCUGGACAAGUACGUCUUCAACACGGAGGCCCACGUCCUCCCCAUAUGGCCCUCCGCGCCCAAGUGAUGUCAGCGCGGAGGACAUGUGUGAGACGGAGGCCUGCACGGGUCAAAGACUGUCACCGACACUCGGCCCGGCGGUUCUUUAAAGUUUGACACGUUUCCACCAGAAGGAGUUUAGUUUUGCUUUUUAGUUCUUUCUUCACGUUUGGCUUUAUUUUUCCUAAGGAAAAUGUUGGUUAGAGCUGGUCUCUAUCGUAAAAAGCUUUUUCUUUUUAUAACGGCUCUGACUAGCUGAGAAACAAGAAAAUGGCACUCUGGCUUCAUUAAUUGGCUGAUGUUAGACCAUAAUGAAAUGUCUAAAGCGCCUUCAGCUACGUUCGUGUUUAAGCCGAUUGCUCCGGAGGAGGAGACACACAUUGUUCAUCUGCCAGUGCGAUUGCUCAUGUUUCAGAGUGACCUUGAAUAACAAAAGUUGUAAAUUGAAUUGAACUGUCCCUUCCUGAGUGAUGAAGAGGAAUGGGCAGCUACAGGUCAUUCUUUACUAAGUCAAUAUAAAAGUAAACGGACGUUUUUUUAAGACGUAAAAAAGAAUCUCUGCCUCAAUUCGUUUGGCUGCUUUCUGGUCAGUCCGUCAGGUGUUGAGCUCAUUUUUCAGACCAACGGAGUUCAGCAGACUAAGGUGGUCUCCUGUGAGGUCACCAGCAGGUCAUAGGUCACUGUUAGCCUGUUCAGAGCUUGUGUUGGAGGACCGAAAGAUUCUCCAUGUCAUGGCUGAGCAGUUAGAUGAUUUCUACAAUGGAGAUUAGAAUGAGACCUUUCCAAAGCUAACCGGCUAACAAGCCGCAUGAAGAGAGAACGGGAGCCGCUCUUUGAUGCUGUCAGACACCAACAAACUGAGCCCGUCACUGGUAGGAAUUAAGCCCUCUUACAUGACGGCCUGUUCAGGGUGGUCGUCUGCAGCUCUCGCUCUCAGUACUGGACACAAGUCGCUUGGACACAAGAACCUGGUUCUAGUUGCGCUCUAAAAAAUGAUAAAUCUUAUUACACAGGAACCACCACGUAAAGUGACGUUCAUGUUUAAAGACUCUGGUGGAUGGUGUUUAGUUGGAGCUGCACACACAACGACCUCUUGUUUUACUAAUGAAUGUUCAUUGUUUUCUUUUACUUUAACUUCUGGUCAUUCAGGGUUACUUGUUAAGUGUGUUUUGUAUAAACUCUUGUGUGAUUGUCAUCCCACUUGUUAAAGAUUACACAGAUGACUAUUCAUUGAGUCUUAAAUUCGCUGUGAAGUUAGACGGAGACAAACCAGGUCCUUACGCCAUCAUUGGGACGCUGUGCACGGGGCCGCUCACUCGGGCCCCUUUUCAAACGCCCCCUGUGAUGAGGACGAGGUUUGUCAUGUAGUUUUCUUCAUCCCUGAUUGCGUAGCAGUCCCUGACCUCCCGUCCAAUGUGAUGUAGAGUUGUGUGCCAGCGCUGGUUCUCCAUACAGUCACUUAAAGUUCCCUGGGCUUUUGUCUGAGGGGCGUGUCUGGCGUCUGAGGGGCGUGUCUGGCGUCUGGAGGAGCUGCUGUGACGACCCUGGACCUUCACUAUUCUGCUUUUACCUUCACUUCUUCGGUCCAAAAAGCGUUGAUGUGUUGAUUCCUGUUUCUCUCCGUGGUUUGAACGGACUUCCGGGUUAAGUUCUAAUCGUCCCCUUUUUGUUAACGGACUCGUGUGUUACAGAGACGUCAUUGAAUGUGCACUACAUCUGCCAACGCUCUGCUGUGCCUACUGAGAUGUAAACUGUGCUCCAGUGGUUUGUUGUUUGUUUGUUUGUUUUUGUUCAUUGCUGCUGUAUCAGUGGUGUCUAUUUGUGAAGUGCUACGUGUGAAAGUGUGAUUUAGGGUUUGUACUUUGACUCUGGGUGUGUGUGUGUGUGUGUGUGUGACCAAGCGACACAGGUGUAAAUAUUUUGUGUAAAUUGUUUCUAACUCGUGUGUCCGCUGAUUAUUGAUCCUUUUCUGGUUUUCAUGUUCAACGACAUCACCUCUUUUUUUUUUCCCGUCUGCUCUUUACACCGGCCUUCCAAAUAUCUUAGUUACUCUUGCAUUUUAAUUUGUGUUGCAAUUAAACUUACCAAUUAGAGAACAUGCCUUUUUCUACUUGAGAAGAAUGGCUGUGCUUCAUCUUGAAAUAGUUUCUUCCACAGUAUUUUAUUCUUUAUCCCUUCAUCUGCUAAUCCUAUUUCAUUUGCAUAUAAAAAGUGAAAACUGGUUUCAGGUGCUUUGUUGGGAAUGCUUAUUAAAAACUGACGUCACUCAUGUGGGACGGGAAGACACCACUGACUUGGUAGAAGCCAUAACUCCAAAUUUAAAUUGGGCUUUAUGAAUGUAAUAUUCCAGAUAAAAUGACUUCUUACUAACCCUGCAAAAACCCUUACACACACGUAAGUGUCAUUUUUUGUGUUUAUUGUAUUUGAAUAACAUGGUAAGAUUGAAAUGAUUAACUGUAGUCUGACUUUUAAUACUUACUGACUACUGAAGAUGUUAAAUUCCUCCGUGUUUUAGGUUUCUUUUCAGGUAUUUUAUCAAAUGGUUGGCACUGUAAUUUGUCAAACGGGAGGAAGUAGCCAAUUUGUUGGACUAUUUUCAGUAGCGUAUUAAUACACAUUAGUAUUGAAGGAACAUGUCAAACAAUGCUACUCCCUGAUGAUUUUUACUGAACAGCAAUGCAACUCUGUUUACUGUACUUGUGUUUUUUCUGCCUCAUAAGCUGGAGAUCUGUGUUCUGUACUCACGUGUACUCAAGAGUCUGGAAGAUGUCGAGUCAGAACACAAAGGUCUUCAGAUAAGAUGGUGCCAGAAGAGUCGCUCAGUCGGCUUUCACAGUUAUUUAGGUUCACUUUAGAUUCCCAUGCUUCAACCCUGCUUCUUCCACUGAGAGGCAAUUACUCCUUUUCCAACAUUAAAAAUAGGUUCUUGUGGUUGUUUUGCGAUUUGCAAUUGUUAAAAAGUUAAAACACUUUGAAACGAAUGAGGCUAAACGGUUUCGUAGCAUUUUGUCUCUUAUCUACAACUCUUAUCUGAUUGGCAGAAUCUUACACUAAUACAUGUGAUUAUCAUUGAAUCAAAGCCAUAGCAAAAUGACAACUCUACUGUUCUACAUGGAUGACCAAACAUCUGCACAGUUCAUCUGUUUCUUGCCUGCCGGGUUCCUGGGCCGAGGCUCAAAGACCUGAUCAUUAUGUGUUUGCUGGUUCAAUCGAUAGAUUAGAUUGAGCCAUGCGACAACACGCCUAUGGACACAGUCCUCACUUCUCUCCACGCUGGCUGAGGCGCUGCGCUGGCCUGCGAGUCCAUAGCCCUUAUUUUGAUUACAUGCGGGCAUGAAAAGUAUUUAUUUUAAUUAAGGUCAACAUUUGUUUUCCACUUUUGUACACACGGAUUAUUAACUACCGGUAUGUUCAGAUUUCUGUUUGUCAUGUUUGCAUAUUUCAUGGUACUUUGUCUCUGGCCAAUCAUUUAUUAAAUCCGCAUCCACUGUACAGACGACUGAUCGAGCACUUGUAACUCAAGUUGUGCUUAUUACAAAGUUCAAACGUCCUUCUUGCCAACUCAGUUUUUGAAUAAAUAUUUUCAAUUAA